AUGCUUACAGAAAUUCAAGCUUAUGGUUUUACUGGUUUCGUAUGUGGAGUUGCUGUGAUGCUUACAUUAUUUGGUUUUUUAAGAGUAUCUGUAUUACCAAUCCCAGAUCGAAUUAUUUGCUGGUCUGAUUCAUUCGCAGUAAUAAUACCAGAAACGAUCAUAGUAUCCAUAGACUUUUUGAUUGAUAUAUUUAUUACGGUUAGAUUAGUACAAGUCCUUCGUAUGGCCAACACGAAUGCAGCAAGUCUCAGAUCAAGUGGGAGUAGGAAAACAAAACGAACAUUAUUUACCGCAGUUAUGUAUUGGAAUUUUGUUCGUUUGGCAGUGGCAUUUGGACUAAAUUUAAUGACAGUUGUGGGCCUUAUAGCUACAUUUUCUGAGAAAUAUGGUGCUGGAUUCACCCGUGAUCAGCGUAUUGUUGUGAUCUUUUUUAAUACAUUUUUCUUUGUUCUACUGUCAUACGUUGUGACUGUAGAUGCUGAAAUUGUUAAAGUAAUCGAAGGUGAAAAUCAAAAUAAAAAAGGGUCAAGUACAAGCGAAAAAUCGAGUUACCCUUACCCUAGUUCCUCCACGAACUCUACGAAUCGCGCGACUUAUAAAAGUACUGGUUCAAAACAUAAUACACAAAGUGAUUAUGAUGUAUCCAUGAAAAGAUUGUCAUUCUUUGAAUGGGCUAACAUUGUUUUGGGCUUUCGACAUGAAAAAAAUCAUGUGCAGGAAUUUACUCAAGAGGAAUUUGAAGAAAUUAUUGGAUCUUUAGAAGCUACCAAUCGUGACCCCGAAAAAGGAGAAGCUACUAAUGAUCCUCGCAACAGUAAUAUUAGUGGAGGAUCAACAAUAAUCAUCCCAGAAUAA